GUGUUAACUUAGUGUACGCUGCUUCUUAGUAUCCAAAAACCAUCAUAAAGAAGAACACACUCGACCAUUCUUAUCGCUCAUCUAUCUCUCUAAACCAAACACGCAAACUCUAACCUGUAACAUUAUCAGCGUUAUACAAGUAUCGAUCUGACUUGUUCAACGAGCUUAACGCAGAUAUCUGGUUCAUAAGCAGCCAUGGCGAUUUUGCUUCCUCUGUUUCUUCUCUUCUCAAUAAUUACACAUUCAAACGCGGCGGUUUGUGUGUGCAAGGACGCAGACGAGCAAGCGCUUCAGAAGGUGAUAGACUACGCGUGUGGAUCAGGUGCUGACUGUUCACAGAUUGAACAGAACGGAGCUUGUUUCCAACCAAACACCGUCAAGAACCACUGUGACGUCGCCGUUAACAGCUUUUAUCAGAAGAAAGCUUCCACCGGCGCCACGUGUGACUUUAACGGCGCCGCCAUCGUUUCCACUUCGCCUCCUUCCAAUGCUUCAAGUUGUUUAUCUAGUUCCGGCUCAACUGGUACUCCGACCGCCGGCAAUGGAACUACCGGAAAUUCAACCACCGGAACUCCAUCCACCGGAAAUUCAACCACCGGGAUGCCAACCAACGGCACUGCCACUAAUGGAAGUCCGACUUCAUCUGUAUUCCCUGGAAAUAUUAUGGGACCCUCCGGGAGCACCGGUUUCGAUCCGAGCGGUGGAGAGGAACUCUCUGUCCGAACCGCGACGGUCAUCUUACUAACAGCCAUCGCUGCCGUGGCCGUACGGGUUUAGGCAAAGAAGAUGAAGAGUGUUCCGGCCAACAGCUAAUGAUUCUCUCUAUAUUGUUUUUGUUUUUAUAACAACUACUAAAUAAAAAUUAUUGUGGAUCUUAUGGUUAAUUCGCACUCACUUUAUAUGUGAUAUUUCUUUUGGUC